UUCUCAAAUCGCUCAUCCACCAGGUACCAGAGUUUAGUUACUAUUGACAACUCGACCGAUGCCCCCACCACCACGGGGAAACUAUGAACUGAUAACCCGAAAACAUUACUAAUUAUCCCGUCACGACGAGAAUUCCGAUCAAAAUUUAAGAGUGAGACUCUGUACAAGUUGAAGGCCCUUGGGAUUCAGUCGCAAUUCCAAUUUAGCUGGCUAGGAAUAUAUCUUCGGCUGCAGGAAUAUCCUUCUUCGCUCUUCGUCACCUAGUUACAACAAUGGCCGCAACAAAUCUCCCCGCAUUCCUUCAGGAAUCCAUCAAGUCCACCAAGGUUGAUUAUCGAAAAUUGGGUCGUAGCGGCUUGAAAGUUUCCGUCCCAAUCCUUGGAGCUAUGAGUUUCGGUUCGACCUCAUGGGCUCCAUGGGUGAUCGAGGAAGACAAGGCCCUUCCUCUCUUGAAAGCUGCGUACGACAAGGGUUUAAAUACUUGGGAUACGGCCAAUGUGUAUUCAAAUGGCAUCUCAGAAGAAAUUAUCGCCAAAGCCAUUGAAAAGUACAGCAUUCCCCGCGAAAAACUGGUGAUCAUGACCAAAUGCUGGGCCGUUGUCAGCGAGCACGACAAUGUUAUGGCAUUUGGACAAAACAAGGUGUAUGCUCGUAGCAAAGAUUAUGUCAAUCAACUUGGGCUCUCGCGCCAGGCAAUUUUCUCUGCGGUGAACGCCUCUUUGAAGAGGCUCAAGACGGAUUAUAUCGAUCUGCUCCAGAUUCAUCGAUUCGACGAUGAAACUCCGAUUGAAGAGACCAUGGAGGCACUCCACGAUUUGGUGAAAUCAGGAAAGGUCCGAUACAUUGGGGCAAGCUCGAUGUGCACAUAUCAAUUUGCGAUGAUGCAAUUCUGUGCGGAGAAGCGCGGGUGGACCAAAUUCAUUUCCAUGCAAAACAAGUACAAUCUCCUAUACCGAGAAGAAGAGCGGGAAAUGAACAGAUUCUGCAGGGAAACAGGUGUAGGACUCAUUCCGUGGUCUCCGCUGGAACGAGGUUUCCUUGCCCGCCCGCCUUCCGUCGAACCUGUCACGCCUCGAGCUGAGUUGUACCUAAAGACCAACAAUCUUACCGAGGAGGACCUUGAAAUUAUCCGCAGAGUGGAAGAGAUCUCCAAGAAGAAAGGGAGGAAAAUGAGCGAGAUCGCUAUAGCUUGGAUUAAGAGUAGGGUUACCAGUCCUAUCAUCGGAUUCAGCUCUAUUGAACGGAUUGAUGAGGCUUUAACAGCAAGAGAAGUGAGUUUGACAGAGGAGGAAGAGAAAUAUUUGGAAGAGCCGUACAGGCCCAAAAAGGUAGUCGGUCAUUCUUAGAUGACAGAAGGGAAGAAGACCGUCUUUUUGGUUGCUUGGAUUUCAAAGCGUCUGCUUAUUUUCGGCUAGCGUCGUACAAAGACAAUUACGCAGAGAACUAUCCAGCGAGC